CCUUACCCCAAGGUCACGCCCUCUGCAGUACUUUUCUAUGAAUAUAACUACUCAAUGUCCAGUUACCUUUUGCAAUCUCCCUGAUGAGUUACUUCUUAGAAUUUUCACUUACUUGUCCCAGAUUGAUUUGAUAAAAUAUGUUUCAAGGGUUAACAAAAAGUUACAUGUAUUAUCACGAAAUUCAUACUUGUGGAAACAUUUAGACUUUCGUAAUUAUGAAGUAGAACCAAAAGAUUUGCGUCUUUUCUCAAAGCAAAAACUAGUUGGACGACAAACUUGUAGCGCCAAAAUUAAAUUUAAUCCGAAAUCUAGAAAUGUUGAAGCAGGACUGGCACCAGUCUUUAAAAUUUGUGGUGUUCUGACUCACGUACUGAUUCAGGGUGGAUGUAUCAAUGAAUUUCAAAAUUUUAUCAGAUUAUUUUCUGACUAUCUGGAAAAACUUGAAUUAGUUGAGACUGUUGCUAAGAGCAGGUUGAUUCAUCCGGAAGUUCUACCCGGUGUUCCAAGAUUUUCGCUAAAGUACCUCAAACUAUCUAAAAGUAGUUGGGUAUGUGAUGUACACUUAUCAGCAUUGAUUGGUUUAAAUCCUUCAAAAAGUCUAAAAUAUCUAAAUGUAUCAAGAUGUUAUCGCUUAUUUCUUGGUCCUCCAUCAUCUUGUCCACUAAACGUGCGUUUUGAAAGGAUGUCAGCUUUUCUUAAACAAACUUGUCCUUACCUUGAAUGUUUGGACUUAUCUUCAGUUUUUAUAUCGCAUAAUACUCAAGCGUCUGUAACAACUACAUUUCUAGAUAUGAUACCUGAUACUCUUUCUUACCUCCAUAAAUUGAAUCUGUCAGAAAAUUCAAUGAUUACUUCGUUUCUUUUAAAUGAAUUACAUGAUAAUCAAGAGUUAAGCUCAACAUUUCAAAGCUUUAUCACCGCAUUUUUUAAUAAAGUUCGUAAAUAUCAAGUUUCUCUGUAUAUUUAUGACUGGCCGCCUAAAUUGAUAACAAGUUUAUUCUCUGCAUGUACUCUUACUGUACCUGAUGGCAGUAUAGUGUAUUUGCAUGUUAAUGGUGUUCCUAAAUGUAUAGAAGAAAAUUCCAAAUGCAAACUUAUAAAUGAACUUUUUGAUUAAACAAUCUUUGUAUAUAUUCUAUUUAUAUCACAGAUGUAGGUAUAUACAGUUGA